UUCAGUCUGGCUGGCCUCAUGCUACUGAGCGGAGCUUCUCCUGCCGGCUCCGGCCCGGGGCCGCGGUCGCAGGGGAGUGCGGGGGGCGGCCCGGCUGGAUCGCGCCGGGGCGCCGGAGGUGCGGGAACCGGCCCAGGAGGGGGCGGCAGCGGCGGAGUGGCCAAGUGGCUCCGGGAACACCUGGGCUUCCGCGGGGGGGGCGGCGGCGGAGGUGGGGGCAAGCCGGCGCCCCCGGAGCCGGACUACCGCCCCCCCGCACCUUCCCCGGCCGCGCCCCCCGCACCUCCCCCGGACAUCUUGGCCGCCUACCGACUGCAGAGGGAGCGCGACUUCGAAGACCCCUACUCCGGGGGGCCGUCCGGCUCCGCUGCUCUAGCCACCCCUGCCGUUCCCGGCCCCACGCCGCCCCCGCGCCACGGCUCGCCACCCCACCGCCUUAUUCGGGUCGAGACCCCUGGCCCCCCAGCGCCUCCUCUCGAGGAACGGAUCUCUGGACCACCCGCCAGCAGCGACAGGUUAGCAAUUCUAGAAGACUAUGCGGAUCCGUUUGAUGUUCAGGAGACUGAUGAAGGCCCAAUAGGAGCUUCAGGAGCCCCAGAGAAGGUCCCCGAAAAUGACGGUUACAUGGAGCCCUAUGAGGCCCAAAAGAUGAUGGCCGAGAUCCGGGGCUCCAAGGAGACAGCAGCUCAGCCCCUGCCUCUGUAUGACACGCCCUAUGAGCCAGAGGAGGAGGAGGGGGCCACCCCGGAAGGUGAGGGGGCCCCCUGGCCCCGGGAGUCCCGCCUGCCAGAGGAUGAUGAGAGGCCCCCUGAGGAGUAUGACCAGCCCUGGGAGUGGAAGAAGGAGCGGAUUUCCAAAGCCUUUGCAGUUGACAUUAAGGUCAUCAAAGACCUACCUUGGCCUCCACCGGUGGGACAGCUGGACAGCAGCCCCUCCCUUCCCGACGGGGACAGGGACAUCUCCGGUCCAGCCUCACCCCUCCCUGAGUCCGGCCUGGAGGAUGGCAGCGCUGGUACCACGGGGCCAUCAGUCGAACAGAUGCCGAGAACCUGCUCCGGCUGUGCAAAGAGGCCAGCUACCUGGUGCGCAACAGUGAGACCAGCAAGAACGACUUCUCCCUGUCCCUCAAUUCCACCCCCCAUCAAGUCUGGUAUGGUCCAAGGCAAGAGGAGACAUCGGGGUCUGGCUCCGAGCAGAGCAGAGCCUGGGCCCUGCCUUAUCCUGAGGAGUGAAACGGGGAGGCCGGCCUGGACACUGCUCCAGCCCAAGCUGAUCAGGCCCUGCCAGCAUCUGUCUGCCAGAGCCUCGUUUACAUAUAAAUGGCUUCUCUGAAAUACAAUUAUGGUUUCUCUUCUCUCUGUAAUGGAAGGGCUUUCACUGGUAAUUAAACAGCUUCCUCCAAAAGCCAUGCCAGCCCUAGCCCUGUGGCCCAGCUAGUACCACCUCAGUUCCCUGAGGGGCAGGCAAGGGCUCUGCUGUGUCUUAAUGGACCCUUGGGACUUCAUCCCAGGAGGUCAGUUAUCCAGGUGUGGAGGCUGAGCGCUCAGCUGCCAACUCAGUUCUCUGGCCACUUGUUGCCCUUCUUGGCCAGAUCUGUCCCUGAAGGAGAAGAUACAAUGUACAGUUUUCAGGAGAGGGGAUUCUGUCAAGUGGACUGUGGGGAGGGGGCUGUCCCCAAACUGAGAGCACAGGGCCUACCCUGAUGCCCAUAGCCUUGGGCCUGGGUUUUGGCAUAGGGCAGACAGGGGAGGGCGACCACUCACUGCCUCCCCUCUCUGCUGCCCCAGGGGCUGUACGUGUUCCUCAGGCCCUUUGCUCUUUUCCCCAGGGCCUGUGUGGUCACUGUCAACUUCAGCCGUUAUCUCAGCCCUGCAGAUGAAGGAUGGUUCCACACCCUGACACACACACCCAGGCUUUAGGGAACUGUACCCUGGGGGUGGGGGGAGGGAAGGAUGGUGUUAAGGGCCUGUUUUUUUUCCCUCCCAUCCCUUUCCUCUUUAGUCUCCCCACUCUGUGUACUUUCUCACUUGUGGCCCUAGUGAAAUGGGAUCAGUCAGAGCCCUCUUUGUACACAGACAGGAGAAGCAAGUGAGGGGGUUUGCCAGCCUCACCUCUCAAGGGUGGCAAACCUCACGAGGAGGCAGCCCCCUCCCCAGUCCUGCCUCCCACACCAGCUUCUAAGCCUGGCCCUUGUCCCCAGGUAGGCUCUGACCAGCAGAAACAAGUACUCGGGCUUCAGGGCUCUCCCAAGCAUGGUUUCCCCGUUGCCUCUUUGGAGUUUCAGACCUGGGGCCUGGCCGACCAGGCCUGUGGUAGUUUGAACAGACGUUCUUGCUGGGAGCUGGCCAGAGCUCUGAGCAGCAGGGUCCUUGUCUUGUGGGCAGGGCUGGGCACUGAUGCUGAUUUCCUGGAUUGUGGUGGGGAGAUGGGAGAGGCAGUGGAGCAUGUCCUCUCUGAGGGAGGGGAUGGAGCUGCAGCCUCACAGAUGAUGUCAUCCCAGGCAGAAGAGCUGGAUAGAUGAGCUGGGGGAUUGGCCCAAGGCCCAGUUAGCAGGAGGGUGAAGGGAUGUCCCCAGGACAAGGCAGCUGAGUAUUCCCAGAUUUGGGGGUGAUGUCCAGCUCACUCCCUCCCCUAGUCUCUGCAAGAGACCCCCAACCAAGAUUCGCUUGGUUGUCGCACGUGCCCACCCACUGUCCUGCCAAGGGUGUCUGUGUGUUCACGAGGCACCAGGAGCCCCCCACACACAGAUGUCCUCCCCCACAGCUCAAGGAGGGGGAGGGUAAGUUGGCCCUGGUCGCAAAGGCUGGGGGGGUGCAUUGGCUGACGCAGGAGCGACUGGAUCCCAGGGUUGGGGGGUGGCGCUGAUAGCUUGUUUCCACCUGCACACACCCUGUACACUCACCACCCACACAUUCUUGGCACACCCAGUGCCCUCACCACAAAGCCAGUACCUACUGCUGCCUACUUACAAAAUCCCCUACAUCCCCUCCCUGCUUCCUGGACUGACCUCCACCUUCCCUAGUUGCCUCCGCUCUCAGCUGGCUUGGAACAACCAUGUUUGCAGCGGGUGGUGGGGUGGUAACCACGGCCGGAGAGGGCCCC